AUGUUAUUAAAUGUGCAGCCCGAAAAGAGAUGGGAUUUCUCAAUCAUUGAAAACCCGUAUUAUAACUAACUCCGAUCAAUGCUCAUCACAUACGUCAAGAUGAAACUAAGUUCACACACACCACACACACUAGUUUAUUGCCUCUCUCUCUCUCUCUCUCAUCUUUGCUUCAAGAUUUGUUUCUCGUAAAUAAUCAUGGCCUUGGUUUCCUGGCAAAGAAAGAGCUGGAAAGACUUAAAAUGCACAGUCGCUAAGAGGCUGUUGCCACCUCGAACCACCUUAAAAACUUCACCCAAAUGCAUCCUGCCGUCUCAGGCUCAAACCACCUUCAAAACUUCACCCAAAUGCAUCCUGCCGUCUCAGGUAGUAUUGUCUGCUGAUUUAAGAUGCAUCAAGUGCCAAGAGAGAGUAGCAGCCGUAGCUUCAGCCAUAAAUUUGGAGUCGAUUGUGGUGCAUGUGAGGGAAAAGAAGGUGGAGCUCACACGCAAGACCAUAAAUCAUUGAUGGAGAAGCUAAAAGUGAAAACCAAAUGACCAAGUUUUGCUAGACUGAAUGUAUUAAUAGAUGUGUGAAAUUGUGAAUUCUCCGCAAAUAAAAAGAUAGUAAUGCAGUUUCUUAAAAUUUGUGAAAAGAAGUUUAUUGA